CCUUCCCGACUCCCGCAGUUGGUGCGGCCCACGACAGCAUGGCUGCUGCGUCUCGGCCUUCCAAGCAACUUCUGCUACAGGCGCAGCGAAGUUGGGUGUAUCCCGGUGUGGGCGGCUCCUGCUCCUGCUGCUGCCGGUGUCCUCUCGGAGCUAAACGAUACCUACUAACAGAUGGUAUUAUGAAAUUAAGAGAAUUUCAGCAUGAGAAGGUGACUGUUGCACAUAAUCUCCCUGGCACCAAAGAAACCUAUUUUAAAAACUUGGAAGAGAAGUUGGCCCAGAACAAACUCAUCUUAAAGGAGGAGCUGAAAACCUUGCUUCAUUUGUGUGACUCUCAGGGUGAUAUACAGCUGGCUAAAAAUGUCAUUUACAGGUACCAUGCAGAGAACAGAAAUGUCAGUUUGGGGAAUUAUAAGUUUGGACCACUCUUCAUGAGGCUCUGUUACGAGUUGGAUCUUGAGGAAUCUGCCCUGGAGCUCAUCAAAGACCAGCAUUUACAAGGUUUCUUUCCAGACUCCACAUCAUUCAAUAUUUUGAUGGAUAUGCUAUUUAUCAAAGGCAAAUAUAAAAGUGCGUUGGAAGUACUGAUAGAAAUGAAAAAUCAAGAUGUGAAAUUCAGCAAAGAUACCUAUAUCCUUGCUUUUGCAAUUUGCUACAAACUGAAUAGCCCUGAGUCUUUCAAGAUCUGCACUACAUUAAGAGAAGAAGCCCUAAUCAAAGGAGACGUUCUCCCCAGGAGAGCUUCGUGUUUCGCUGUGGCAUUAGCUCUGAAUCAGAACCAAGUGGCAAAAGCUAUGUCCAUUUUUUCUCAAAUCAUGAAGCCAGAAACCAUGACCUGCAUGAAUUUAAAUAUUAUCAUCCAUAUCCACUCAAAUAUGUUGGAAACCCUGAUGGAGAUACUAAAGGAUGCUGCAAAAGGAAAUUUAUCAAGCUUUGUGAAAAAACAAGAGUUUUCAGAAGAAGUGCUAGCCGCAGUGAGGGAAAAAGUGAAGGAUAUCCCCAGCCUUCGGGCCACGUUCGAUGAGAUCUAUGCAAAACUGCACAUAUCUGGCCGGGUCACCACGCACACUUUGGAUGCUAUGCUGUGCCACGCCCCCAGGGGCAGGACAUCCCACAUGGUGCUGGUAAACAAGAGAACAUUCAACCUUCGGACUUUCCAGCCACUCAGUCAGUCCCUGUUGGCUGAGUAACCCUAGUUUCAAACCACCGAAGUGGAGAGACCCCUGCUUCUAGUCAGUCAUUGGCUUCCUAAGAAAUCAGGCAUCUCAUCUUCAGUGGACAUUAUCCUGACAGUUGGUCUUCUCCCUAAAUCUCCAAGUUUAUUAAAUGCUGGCAUGCUGAUCUGAGAAGUUAAUAAGUGUGCCACUGUGAGCAGCCGAGAUACAAGCAUGCAGAAAACUCAGCUCCCUUAGAAACGAGGCUUUGCCUGUGUAAAGUGCCGAGUAUCCUUGAAGGAAUGUGGACCUGUUUCCCAGUCCAGCUUCCUGUACUAGAGUGGAGCCCUGCAAGCACUAUCAGGAAUGAAUUUCACAUCCGGCUAUGAGUAUGGCCAACUCUGACUGACUGAUUUUCAGGGGAGCAGUUCCUUGCAAAUUAUACCUUUGCUUAAUUUGGGAGAUCUGAAACCCUACUGGAAACCCUGGUGGCGUAGUGGUUAAGUGCUACGGCUGCUAACCAAGGGGUCGGCAGUUCAAAUCCGCAAAACCUAUUGUACCAUGUUGGGAAAGAGCCCAGGAUUUUCUCACUGCUUCUACUAUUUAUAUCAGUGACUCUGUGUAAGGCACUUGAUUCCUCAUUUUUCCAGCUGCAAAAUAAUAGUGCCCGUGUAUAUCUGUAUAUUGAUUUAAAAUUUUCAUCAAGGUUCAGUCGGGUCAAAUUUUCUCAAAAAUAAGAAAUAAAAAGGUUCCUAAAAAACUUCCUGGGAUGAUGUUUGUUUUAUUUUCUCAGAAACACAAACAGAACUGGAAUUUAGCUUUCAGAACUGAUAAGUAAGCCCAAUUUAAAUGAUUACUGCUUUGGUCACAAGCAAGACUUGUGCUUUUCAAAAUAAGUGCCAGUAAAAAUAAGUGCCUCUGUAUUGCCACGUUCUCUCUGUGGGUCAUAAAUAUUUGUUCCUGUAGUUCAUCUCCUUUGUUAAAGAUGUUUUCUCUCUUUGGAUGCCUUAUUUUGUUGU